UACACUUGGCAAAAUGCAGUCAAGCAAGUCCUGGCAAACGCCAAACCCAGACAUGUCCUUCGAAUUGCCAGAAAGAGAAGCAUUUCUCACCACUCCAGAGAACACGUCUCCACAGCUCUAGAGUUCAGUGGUGGAUGGCUGAGUUGCUGUUGUUCCCAUUUGCUUCCACUUUGUUAUACUACCACUAACAGUUGACUGUGGAAUAUUUAGUAGCAAGGAAAUUUCAUGGAAGGACAUAUUGCACAGGUGACAACCUAUCAUGGUACCAUGCUUGAAUUCACUGAGCUUCUGAAAGCUACCCAUUCUUUCACAAAUGUUUGUAGAAGCAGUCUAAGUGCUU